AUGCUGGGGAAAGUGUCCGUCAAGGUGAACGGCGCCGAAGUAGGCGCCGAGUCCCUUCUGCUCGGGGUCGUCACCUCCAUCGGUGGUUUCCUCUUCGGAUAUGACACCGGUCAAAUCUCCCAGAUGCUCAUCUUCGAAGACUUCAUCGACCGCUUUGCGCAGGAGCAGCCCGACGGCACAAAGGACUGGCAACCCAUCAUCCAGUCUCUCGUCGUCUCGCUCAUGAGCAUCGGGUGUCUCAUCGGUGCCCUGUCCGGAGCAUACACCGCAGACUGGUUCGGCCGCCGCAAGAGCCUAACCAUGGCCGUCGGCGUCUUCAUCGUGGGCAACGUCAUCCAGAUCACCGCCAUGCGCAGCUGGGUCCACAUGAUGAUGGGCCGCUUCGUCGCCGGCCUGGGCGUCGGCAGCCUCUCCGUCGGCGUGCCCAUGUUCCAGUCCGAGUGCGCGCCCCGCGAGAUCCGCGGCGCCGUCGUGGCCUCGUACCAGCUCAUGAUCACCAUCGGCAUCCUCGUCGCCAACCUCAUCAACUUUGGCGUCCGCGCCAUCCAGGACCAGAGCGCCUCGUGGCGCAUCGUCAUCGGCCUCGGCAUCUUCUUCUCCCUGCCCCUGGGCGUGGGCGUCCUCUCCGUGCCCGAGUCGCCCCGGUGGCUCGCCUCCAAGGGGGACUGGGAGGGUGCGCAGCGGUCGCUGGCGCGGCUGAGGGGGAUGAAGGACGAUGCGAAUAACUCUCUUGUGGUGGACGACCUCACUGAGAUGCGUGAGGUCCUCGACAAGGAGCAGCAGGUUGGUACUUCUGGAUGGAUGGAGUGCUUCAACCCUAAUACGAGCAUUCCCAAGCUUGUCUACCGCACGUUCCUGGGUAUGGGGAUUCACUUCCUGCAGCAGUGGACUGGUAUCAACUUCUUCAUGUACUACGGGAGCACCAUCUUCAAGUCAGCCGGCAUCGAGGACCCCAUCAAGACGCAGCUCAUACUCGGCGCCGUCAACGUCGCCAUGACAUUCUACGGUCUUUAUGUCGUCGAGAGAUACGGCCGCCGGUGGCCGCUCUUCCUCGGUGCCAUCUGGCAGUCUGUCUGGCUCGUCGUCUUCGCCGCCAUUGGUACUUCGCUGCCUCCCGAGGACAACAGCACCUCGGGCAUUGUGAUGAUUGUGUCCGCGUGCAUGUUCAUCGCCUCCUUCGCCGGGACUUGGGGCCCGAUGGCCUGGGUCGUCAUCGGCGAGACAUUCCCCCUCAGAACUCGCGCCAAGCAGGCGUCUCUUGCCACCGCCGCGAACUGGCUUGGAAACUUCAUGGUUGGCUUCCUCACUCCACUUGCGACAGAUGGAAUCAGCUACUACUACGGCUUCGUGUUCGCCGGGACCAACCUGUGCGCCGCUCUCGUCACCUGGUUCUUCCUUUAUGAGUCCCGCACCCUCAGCCUGGAGAAUGUCGACCUCAUGUACAGCCAGCCUGGUCUCAAACCGUGGACGAGCCACAAGUGGGUGCCUCCUGGUUACAUCACCCGCAAGCAGAGAGACGAGGCGCAUUUCAGGAAGCUCAGUGUCUCUGGGUCUGCUGGUACGGAGAAGAAGAAGAGCGCCGACGGAGGAAAUGGGGUUCUUGACGCACAUGUCUCGCGCGAGGAGCAUGUCUAG